AUAUCAGAAUUCUAAGAAUAGGGUCUCUCUUCUUCAGACCCUCUUCUCUUUCUCUCUCUAGUCCUCCUUUUUGGGUGGUUUAAAGUUUGCUUCUUUUCGAGGGUUGGAGGUUAAUCCAGGAGCGAGAAGAUUUAGGUGGGUAUCAUGGCUAGGGUUUUGGUUCACUCUACUAAUAUUCCUGGUCUGGUUGCCGGGCAAAGGCUUGGUCAAUCUAAAGGCUCUGGAAAUGCUAGAAGGUCAACGAAGAUGAUGUGCUCUUUACGAACUCCUGCUUUGAGAAUUAGCAGUUUCUCGGGACUCCGUAGUGUUAAUGCGUUAGAUAUCAUGGCGAGGCCUGGGCAAGACUUAUAUUCUAAGGUGGGAGUAGCUAUCUCAUCCCGGCGUCGAAAGGCCAGCAGAUGUGUGCCUAAAGCUAUGUUUGAGCGCUUCACGGAAAAGGCAAUAAAGGUUAUUAUGCUUGCACAAGAGGAAGCAAGGCGACUUGGUCACAACUUCGUUGGUACUGAGCAGAUACUCUUGGGUCUUAUUGGUGAAGGAACUGGAAUUGCUGCCAAGGUCCUUAAAUCUAUGGGAAUCAAUCUUAAAGAUGCACGCGUUGAAGUGGAAAAGAUCAUUGGAAGGGGCAGUGGCUUUGUUGCUGUUGAAAUCCCAUUCACUCCUCGUGCAAAGCGAGUUCUGGAACUGUCGCUGGAGGAAGCUCGCCAACUAGGUCAUAACUAUAUUGGAUCUGAGCACUUGCUUCUGGGACUGCUUCGGGAAGGUGAGGGUGUGGCAGCUCGUGUUCUUGAGAAUUUAGGUGCUGACCCCAGCAAUAUUCGCACACAGGUUAUUCGUAUGGUGGGUGAGAGCACAGAAGCUGUUGGUGUUGGAGCUGGACAGGGAACUAGUGGCAACAAGAUGCCAACUCUAGAGGAGUAUGGAACCAAUUUGACUAAGCUAGCAGAGGAGGGAAAGCUGGAUCCUGUUGUUGGAAGACAACCUCAAAUUGAACGCGUUGUCCAAAUUUUGGGCAGGCGAACAAAGAACAAUCCCUGCCUUAUUGGAGAGCCUGGCGUUGGGAAGACUGCAAUUGCAGAAGGUCUUGCUCAACGAAUUGCAAGUGGCGAUGUGCCUGAAACAAUAGAGGGAAAGAAGGUUAUCACUCUGGAUAUGGGUCUUCUUGUUGCUGGUACUAAAUACCGUGGAGAGUUUGAGGAAAGAUUAAAGAAGCUAAUGGAGGAAAUCAAACAAAGUGAUGAGAUAAUCUUGUUUAUUGAUGAGGUGCACACUCUAAUUGGAGCAGGAGCAGCAGAAGGUGCAAUUGAUGCUGCAAAUAUAUUAAAACCAGCCCUGGCAAGAGGUGAACUGCAGUGUAUUGGAGCCACCACUCUUGAUGAAUACAGAAAACACAUUGAGAAAGACCCUGCAUUGGAAAGACGUUUUCAACCUGUUAAAGUUCCUGAACCAACUGUGGACGAAACUAUACAGAUUUUGCGAGGGCUCCGGGAGCGAUAUGAGAUUCACCACAAACUCCGGUAUACUGAUGAAGCUCUGAUUUCUGCUGCCCAGCUAUCAUACCAGUACAUCAGUGAUCGAUUUCUACCUGAUAAAGCAAUCGACUUGAUUGAUGAAGCUGGAUCUCGAGUUCGCCUUCGUCAUGCACAGCUACCUGAAGAAGCUAGAGAACUUGACAAGGAACUGAGACAGAUUACCAAGGAGAAGAAUGAAGCUGUACGGAGCCAAGACUUUGAAAAGGCUGGGGAGUUGCGUGACAGAGAAAUGGACCUUAAGACACAGAUCACUGCUAUAACAGAGAAAGGCAAAGAGAUGAGCAAGGCUGAGAGUGAGGCAGGGGAUGUAGGACCUUUGGUAACCGAGGUGGAUAUUCAACAUAUCGUGGCCUCUUGGACAGGUAUUCCUGUGGACAAAGUGUCAGCUGAUGAAUCCGAUCGCCUCCUCAAGAUGGAAGAGACCCUCCAUACGCGAGUUAUUGGUCAGGAUGAAGCAGUCAAGGCUAUCAGUCGUGCUAUUCGCCGAGCCCGUGUUGGACUCAAGAAUCCUAAUCGUCCAAUUGCCAGUUUCAUCUUUUCUGGUCCAACUGGUGUUGGAAAAUCCGAACUCGCAAAAGCUUUGGCUGCAUACUACUUUGGUUCUCAAGAAGCCAUGAUCCGUCUUGAUAUGAGUGAAUUCAUGGAAAGGCACACUGUUUCAAAGCUUAUUGGUUCACCUCCUGGUUAUGUUGGUUACACUGAGGGAGGUCAGUUGACUGAAGCUGUUAGACGCCGUCCUUACACUGUGGUGCUUUUUGAUGAGAUUGAGAAGGCUCAUCCGGAUGUCUUCAACAUGAUGCUUCAAAUUCUUGAGGAUGGAAGAUUGACAGACAGUAAGGGCAGAACUGUAGAUUUCAAGAACACACUUCUGAUCAUGACUUCUAAUGUUGGAAGCAGUGUAAUUGAGAAAGGAGGCCGCCGUAUAGGAUUUGACCUUGAUUACGAUGAGAAGGACAGCAGUUACAAUCGCAUCAAGAGCUUGGUGACAGAGGAGUUGAAACAGUACUUUAGACCAGAGUUCCUAAAUAGGUUGGAUGAAAUGAUCGUCUUCCGCCAGCUCACAAAGUUAGAGGUGAAGGAAAUAGCAGAUAUAAUGCUGAAGGAGGUUUUUGAAAGGCUGAAGACUAAAGAGAUAGAGCUUCAAGUGACAGAGAGGUUCAGAGAUAGGGUGGUUGAUGAAGGAUACAAUCCAAGCUAUGGGGCAAGGCCUCUAAGAAGAGCUAUAAUGAGACUUCUGGAGGAUAGCAUGGCUGAGAAGAUGCUAGCAAGGGAGAUCAAAGAGGGUGACUCCGUUAUUGUGGAUGUCGAUUCUGAUGGGAAUGUAACUGUGCUCAAUGGUAACAGUGGUUCUGCUGGAUCUUUGCCAGAGCCUGUUCCCGUUUGAAAGCUGACAGCACGCCACUUGAGCUCUCCUUUUUCCCAAUAUGUUUGUAAUUUUUCAUUUGAACUUUCUCGUUAAAAGUAGUCUGUUUUCUUGGUAAGUUUUAGUCGGUAGUGGUAAUUGAAAGCUGUUUAUUGAUGCUUGACUUGACUGAUCAAGGCUGUACCAGUUAUACAGAAGAAUAGCAUGCAUAGUUCAGUCGCAGAUGGUAGGGUUAGUAUUUUUUUCUUUUUUUUCCUUCUUCCAUAGUUGCGUUUGGUUGGUGGGAAUGCUAGUAUUUAGUAUUUACAAUAAAAGAACAUAAUUUGAUCAUUGC